UUUUGACUUCAGGCCAGGGCAACGUGGAUUUCGUGUCUCGUAAAACUGAACCAAAAUGGCUGGUGAUAGUGGAGAAGCUAAAGCUCCCAGAAUAGUUUCUUUUGUAACAGAAAGUGAAGUAGAAGCAAUAAGAAAAAAGAGACAAGAACAAUGGGAGAAGGUCAGAAAGCCAGGAGAUCCAAAAGAGGCACCACAAGAAACUAAUUAUGAUCCACGUCCACUAUUUGAACGUCUGAAAGAACAAAAAGACAGGAAGCAAGAAGAUUGGGAUGAAAAGUUUAAAUUCAAGAAUAUGAUAUAUAAAGGACUUGAUGAAGAAGAGGCUGGUUUUCUGAAUAUGAUUACUUAUCAACAGUCAUCACGUGAAUCACAACUGCUCCAACAGGAGAGAGAGGAGAUCAAUGCCUUUAAGACUGCUGUUUCACAAUUGAAUGCAGAAGAGUCUGAGAAAAAAAUAGCACAAAAACCAUUGUUAAUUACACCUGGUCCUGUGUCACCAACAUUGAAAAUGUCCUCCAAAGCACCAAAAUCACAGUCGGCCCUGAUAGUGGGAGCUAUUAAAAGAAGAAGGACAUCAAGUGAGAGCAGUGCUGAUAAAUCUUUAUCUCCUUCAAAGACUAUAAAAGUUGUUGCUAAAUCCCCAGUGACUGUGAAACCUGGAACUAGCUCUACUAUUGAUGAUACAAAAAAGGUUUCAUUGGGUCUAACCGGUUUGUUGCAUUAUGAUUCGGAUUCAGAUGAAGAAAAUAGUAACACUUAACAAGGGUGUACAAACUAUAGCACUGUCAUUUUUUGUAUAUUGUAUUGUUUUUAAGGAGAACAUGUGUAAAAGUUUUUGUGAUUUAACUGA